GCAACAAAUGAUUUGGUGAGGUCGAACCAUCCGUGAGGUGCCCUGUCCCUUUUCCCUCACCUUCUCCACCUCCUCGUCUUCCCUCCCGCCUAUAGAUCUCUCUCUCCUCCAUUACACCUCACCCCCGAGCUCACGGAGUCGCAGUGACACCAAGAACCGCAGCUCGUCCCUCCCCCUGCGGCUUUGCUGAGCGGCGGCGGCAAUGUCUUCCAACGGCAAGCCCACCCCGCAGCCCCCGGCCGCCGCCGGAAACGGCACCGGCGGGCCGCCCAAGAUGUACCAGCGGCCAAUCUACCGCCCACAGCAGGGGGGCGCCAAGCGCCGCCGCGGCGGCCGCUCCUGCCCGUUCAGCUGCUGCUGCUGCUUCUUCUGGACGGUCCUCGUCAUCCUCCUCCUCGCCUUCAUCGCCGCCGUGGUGGGUGGUGCCUUCUACCUCCUCUACCGCCCGCACCGCCCGGCCUUCACGCUCUCCGUGGCGCACGUCACCAAGCUGAGCCUCUCCUCCUCCGCCACGGCGCCCGCGCUCACCGACGCCAUCGACGUCACGCUCACCGCCAAGAACCCCAACAAGAAGCUCGUCUACUUCUACGACGACUUCACCGUCACGGCCGCCACCGCCGCCAACGCCGUCCCGCUCGGGGAGGCCUCCGUGCCCGGGUUCGCGCACGAGGCCGGCAACAUCACCGUCAUCAAGGCCACCGUAUCCGCCUCCGCGCUCGCGAUCGACCCCACCGCCAGCUCCGACAUCAAGAAGUCCGGCGAGUUCCCCAUCACCCUCGACCUGGAGACGAAGGCCGGCGUCAAGGUGGGCGGGCUCAAGACCAAGAAGAUUGGCAUCCAGGUGCACUGCGAGGGCAUCAAGGUGACCGCGCCCGCGCCGCCUCCGCUGGCGAAGAAGAAGAAGCUAGCGAAGGCCGCGGCUAAAGCGCCUGCGCCGGCGGCCGCGGCUAAAGCACCUGCGACAGCGGCCGCGGCUGACGCGCCUGAGCCGGUGGCCGCCGACGACACGCCGGCGCCGCCCGCGCCGGCGGCCACCGUCGCGCGUGUGUGCCAGGUCAGGAUCCGAGUCAAGAUCUGGAAGUGGACCUUCUAGUCACAUCGUCGUCCUCCUAGGGGCCGCAUUGCAAAAGUUUUCGGGUAAAAAAAGUGGCUUUACUUUUUUCACGUCGACUGAAGUUUCUCCAGUAGGAAACCGAAGCAGAAUCAAACGCCGGUCGCUGUAAAUUUUGUGUUUGAAUUUUACCAAAUUUGGCGGGGGAGGGGAGGAAGUGGAUGUGGUGAAGUGAAAGGAGGUUAUCCAUUCUGCAGUGUGAGGCUUGAACGAUUUGUUCAUUUUUUUAAAGUAUUUUUUCCUUUUUCAUCUCCAUUUUCCUGUUGGUAGUGCAAGUACAAUUUGGUGAUCUGUUACUUUUAACUAUGUAAUCCGAAUGUAUAAUUGGUAGUGAGAUGCAAAAGUAGUUGUACUAGUACUGUACUCUCCCCAUUUUUGCGUGUUUAUUCAAAUCUGCAGAUGAAGUGAACAAGCUUUGUUCUGAAUUUUCAA